UGAAGGUCCAUAACUUUGUCCAUCUUCUUCCUUCGGGGGAAGAGGAAGAAGGGAACUUAUCGUAGAGUUGAUGAACUUUGCACAUCCAUAGAAACGCCAUUUUGAAUUUGAUUCCUCUCUCUCCCCCCCUUCUCCCUCCGGAACAAACUUCGUUUUUCUCUCUUCGCUCUGUUCCCCCCCCCUUUUCCUUCCACCUUUUUUCUUCCCUCCCUCCAUUAUUUUUUUUUAUAAACGAACCCACAACUCGAUCGCACCAUCGCCAGUCCAGCUUUCCAUCAUGGCUCAACCCAAGCAGCCCAGCCUGGAGCAAGUCAAAUAUAUAAAGUGCUUUUCUGAAGAGCAAUUUGAAGUUUAGAAAGGGCAGUUUUUUUUACUAAUCCUUCAUUUGUGCUGACAUCAUUGGGACUCAGUUUACACCAGCAACUCAGAAUUCACAUUUGAAAGAGAACAAAUUCCAACGCUUAAGCGGUUGUACAGCAGCACCAAGAUUCCCAGCUGUUUUGGAAGUGUGGAUUUGCCCUCUCUUGACACAGUGAUGGCAGCGGUUAUGAGUUUGGGAAAGAUUGCUGAAAAUGGCAAUACGGCAUCUCAAAAUGUCAAAUCCCCAUCAAAAUCUCUUACUCCUAGUCGGAUUGGCAGGAGAAACCAGGAAACAAAAGAUGACAAGUCUUCCUAUACCUGCCCUCUGUGUGAAAAGAUUUGCACUACCCAACAUCAGCUGACCAUGCAUAUUCGUCAGCAUAACACUGACACUGGAGGAACAGACCAUUCCUGCAGCAUCUGUGGAAAGUCUUUGAGCUCUGCAAGUUCCCUCGAUCGCCACAUGCUAGUGCAUUCUGGGGAAAGGCCUUAUAAAUGUUCAGUAUGUGAUCAGUCCUUCACCACCAAUGGAAACAUGCACAGACACAUGAAAAUCCAUGAGAAGGAUCCAACUGGCGCUACAAGUACAACCCCUGCCUCUCCACUGAAACGCAGGCGCUUGUCUGCCAAACGAAAAUUCAGUCAUGAGGCCGAGGCGGACAAGGAAGAGCAGAGUCCAGCGAAAAAGGUUGUGGAGGAACCACAAAAUGGUGAAACUGAAAAGAAGGCUGAUGAAAUUUAUCGAUGUCCAGUGUGUUUCAAAGAAUUCUCUUGCAAGUAUGGGCUGGAAACCCACAUGGAGGUACAUCCAGAUACCUCACUGAGGUGUGACAUCUGCUGUAUUACCUUCCGCACACACCGGGGGUUGUUGCGGCAUAAUGCAGUUAUUCAUAAACAACUUCCAAAGGACUCAACUGGAAAGCCUUAUAUUCAGAACAACCCUUCAAUUCCUGCUGGCUUCCAUGAUUUGGGCUUCACAGACUUUUCUUGUAGGAAAUUUCCCCGCAUUUCUCAGGUUUGGUGUGAAACAAACCUGCGGAGAUGCACCAGUGAUUAUCAUCGCUAUAUCUGUGAGAUAUGCAACAAGGCAUUCCCCAUGCUCUCAGCACUCAAGCUGCACAAAGACACUCAUGCAACUGAUCAGGGAGGAGAAGUGCACAACCUGCACUCAGAGGAUGCAGACCUAAAAGCUUACAUGGCAUCCUUGGGGCUGCAGCAUACCAAAGACAUGGAAUCGGUCAAGCAGGAGGAACUCAUGCCAGAUGAUGUCCAAGAAAUGCAGCUACGAACACUGAAAUGUAACCUACCUCAGGAACCUGGUAGUGCUAACCAGUUGAACGUAUCCCCUCUGGAGGCUGCUUCCGUGGGAGGGCCCUUUUCUGUUCUUCCCCCUACAAAAGAAAAUAUGAAGCUACUCUCACUACAGCCUUUCCAGAAAGGCUUCAUAAUCCAGCCUGACAAUAGCAUUGUUGUAAAACCCAUUUCUACUGAAUUAGCAGAUAUCCAGCAGAUCUUAAAGAUGGCUUCCUCAGCAACUCCACAGAUCAGCAUCCCACCACUUUCCAAGGCAUCUCAUGUUCCCAUCCCGUCCAUAUUCAAACAUAUGCCUCCACUGAAGCCAAAGCCAUUGGUAGCCCCUAGGACUGUUGUAGCAACUUCAACACCACCUCCACUGGUCAACACUCAGCAAGCCUCACCAGGAUGCAUCAGCCCAAGCCUUCCUCCAGUACCUCUCAAAAUGGUCAAAACCUCCGAAGAAUCAACUUCAGAUUCUUCUAUCCCACACAGUAAAUCCAGAACAGACUCCAGUCCCCCUCCCCAGGCUAAACCAGAAUCUUUGGGUCAACAGGAAAUGAAAACUCAGCUGGAGCAAGACAGCAUCAUAGAAGCCCUUUUGCCUUUGACAAUGGAGGCAAAAAUAAAGCAAGAGGUGACAGAGCGAGACUUCAAAGCUAUCAUUGCUGGAACUGCAAACAAGAAGACCCCAGCUAUGAGAAAAGUUUUAUACCCAUGUCGUUUUUGUGAGCAGGUGUUCCCAUUCUCUGGAGUCUUAAGAGCUCAUAUCCGCUCCCACUUGGGUAUCUCCCCUUAUCAGUGUAACAUCUGUGACUAUAUUGCAGCUGACAAGGCAGCACUGAUUCGGCACUUGAGGACGCACAGUGGGGAGAGGCCAUACAUCUGCAAGAUCUGCCACUAUCCUUUCACAGUGAAAGCCAAUUGUGAAAGGCAUCUGCGCAAGAAACACCUCAAAACAACUAGAAAGGACAUAGAGAAGAACAUUGAAUAUGUUGCCAGCAACGCGGCUGAGAUGGUAGAUGCUUUCUGCUCCCCUGAUACAGUGUGCAAGUUCUGUGGGGAGGACCUUAAACAUUACCGUGCCCUCCGUGUCCACAUGAGGACGCAUAGUAGCUGCCAGAAGAAGAAGCCAUUUGAGUGUAAGGAGUGUGGCACUGCGUUCUCAGCCAAGCGGAAUUGCAUUCAUCAUAUCCUCAAGCAGCAUUUGCACAUCCAAGAGCGGGAGAUUGAGAGUUAUGUGCUGGCAGUGGACUGCACUCCUCCAGAAAGCCAACCUGACUCUGUGUUACUGGAAGAAAGCACUUACCUGGAUUGCAAAUCAGUGUCACCUUUCCUGGAAUCACAGAAUGGCUUUUUAAGGGGUGCUCCCUCUCAUGCAUCGAUCAAACUUGAAACUGCAAAUAGCUUUCCGAUGGAUUUUGAUGAGCCUUUAGAUUUCUCGCAAAAGAACAAAAACCUGAAUUCUGUACUGGUCAAACAGGAGAGUCCAUUUGGAUCCUCCCUCUAUGACAGCUCCAUGGAGCCCAUUGACUUGUCAAUCCCUAAGGCUCCAAAAAGGGACAGUGAUGAUAGCAUGAGUGAGGAUAAGAAGCAAGAGCUCCUUGAUGGCCAUGAUGAGAAACUCCAGGACUGUCAGCAGUCUCCUCCAGCUAAUGGCAGCCUGGAAAACGCAGCUCUCAGACAUUCCCAACCACUGAAGGGUCCACUUCAUUUGACUGUCCCAAUAAUUUCUCCAGGUGUCUUGGGGAACUCAGCUUUGCUGAGGCCUUUGAGGCCCAAACCACCCCUUCUCUUGCCAAAACCUCUUGCGACAAAAGAGCUGCCACCCCUUGCUUCCAUUGCACAGAUUAUUUCAUCGGUGUCUUCUGCUCCUUCUUUGCUCAAAACAGAAGUCACAGACUCUGUCCCCAAGGUAGCCAUCGGCAGCACUACCAGCUCUGAAAAGUUAGGAAGUCCCAAUCCUAAAGCAACUAUCCUAGCUACUGUCCAGACAGAUCCCAACACUCCCAGUGACUUAACAAAGAGCACCAGCAGUCCAACGGGGUCCCAGAAAUCCUUGUCUUCUGGAUCAGUAAAGAAAAGAGGCAGAAAGAAAGGCACAAAAAACAAGCCAAAGGCAAGCAGCAGUCUGGACUUGGAAUCAAGUGGGGAGUUUGCCAGCAUAGAGAAAAUGCUGGCAACCACAGACACCAAUAAAUUUAGCACGUUUCUACAAUCAACUGCAGACUUCAAAGAAGCUGCUGAUAAAAACGGAGCUAGUGAGGAAGAGAGAGAAGCUGUUGAAGACAAACUUCUGCCCGGAAAGCGAAAUGCCUACUCAAACUGCAUUCAGAAAAUCAAGUGCCCCCACUGCCCUAGACUUUUUCCCUGGGCAAGUUCUCUGCAGCGGCACAUGCUCACUCAUACAGGUCAGAAGCCCUUCCCUUGUCAAAAAUGUGAUGCCUUCUUUUCUACCAAAUCUAACUGUGAACGCCACCUCUUACGCAAACACGGAGUUGCCAACUACUGUCUGAGAAGAAACGGGCUUAUCCCCCAGUCUAAAGAAAGUGAUGCUGGAGCUCAUGAUAGCACAGAUAGUCAAUCUGAUCAAGAAACUGCAAGUGCAGGAAACGAAGCGCUCGACUUGACCUCUGGGGAGAGAGACCACCUAGAGGAAGCAGCUGAGUUUCUAGAAGAACCUGAGUGCAGUCCCAAAGAAGAGGAGAAGAUGGACUCAUCCCAAGGAGAGGAGGAUGCACAAGAGAAAUUAAGUGAGGGAGAAGAGGAGCCAGAAGAAGAUUCAGUCAGCAACAGAAGCCUGGACCUUAAUUUUGCUAGCAAGUUCAUGGAAUUCAAGCUGGCUGAGAGUGAUCAAAACACAGGCAAUGGGGCUCAGUCUGAAAAUAAACACACGUGUGGCACAUGUGGGAAAUCCUUCAAGUUUGCUGGUACUCUUAGCCGGCACAAAAAAGCCCAUGUGCAUGACGACAGGAAAGAUGAAAAGAGCAGUGAGGAUGAAAGCAAAAAUGUUCAAGGUAGAGACCAAGCCCAAGUCCCUGUCAUGCAAGAGGACACAUCACUGGAACAGGAAGACCCUGGAAGAGACAUUAAGGGAGCUGAGUCUCCCACAGAUGGUGAGGCAACAGGAAGGGAAAAUGAGGAGAGUGAAAGCAUCUCUGAGGGAGAGAGCUCUGAAAGAAAGUCUUCUGAGAAGAGUGAUGAAGACAGGAAGCCAAAGCCUGGUGGGGGCACCAAGAGUGAAUCUAAGGCAGACAAAAGGAAGAAAGUCUGUAUAGUGUGCAACAAGAGAUUUUGGUCUCUACAAGAUUUGACACGGCAUAUGAGAUCCCAUACAGGGGAGCGACCGUACAAAUGUCAAACCUGUGAACGGACUUUUACUUUGAAGCACAGCCUGGUUCGUCAUCAGCGUAUCCAUCAGAAGGUAAAAAGUGCCAAGAAUCACGAGAAGGACAGUGACAGGGAGGACACCCGUUCCAGAGGGGAAGAAGAUAGCGAGAACGAGUCUCUCCCCAGCAGCACGAACCCCAUCUCGGAAAAUGAGGGCGACGCCCUCAUGGGGCUUGGAAGCCAUUCCCCCGUGACGAGGAGCCGCAGAGAAACCCUUGCCAAUGCCACAAAGGAUUAUGCUUGUAAGAAAGAUAAGCCAGCUGGGAAAGCCCCUGGCUUAGGCCUUGCCGAACCCAGCAAGAAUGCGCAGAAACCGACAGCGAAAGAGCAGGAGUCUCGAGGGAAGGCUGACCAUGGGACCCCCCCUGACUUCAUUCAGGACUUGCUGGAGAUCCAGAACAAGAAAUCAACCAUGAGUCAUAUCCUCGCCUCUGCAGAGAACGCACCUCAGCUCUUGGGAGUUGAAUGACAGCCAUGGCAUCAGUGGCACCCCAGCAACCUGAUCCAGGACACAGGAAUAACGUUGACAGGGCAAGCUUUUCUUUGCUGCUGAAUCAACCUGCUGUGGUGACCCAGGAGUGAGCGUUGGGCGCGUGUGAUUGGGGAGGAUGUAUGGCAGUCUGGAUUCAGUGCCAUAAGCCCUUCAGUAUAAAUAAUGCGAGAGACUACAAGUAUAUACUGGUCUGAGUGCCUUACUACUUUAUUAGGUCUUUUGGUAUCGUAGAUAUUUUUUAAAGCAAAAUAGAUGAUUUUUUAAAGAAAUAUUUUAAUUAUUUGGAGAGGACCUUUUUCAUUUAAGCAUUAAUGUUACUUUUUUUAUUUGGGUGUGUGAGUUUGUUCUUGUAUAUCUGUGAUAGCCGCUUUUGUGUAUUCUCUGAGCUGGAAGCAAGGGGGUCAGUGGUGCAAGGAAGCCCUAAAAAACUGCAGCCAAUAACUGGAAGAAGAUUUAAGAAAUCCCAAGCAGAAGAACUAGAUAUAAAGGGUUGACUUUUUUUAGGUUUGUCUUUUCAGCCUUUUUUUUUUAAUCACAUGAGGGAGAGUUAAAGCAGUUCCACAUAUUAACAUGGUAAAUUAAGGUUUUCAAGCUUGGUUCAAGCUAAAAGGAAACCACAAUUACUACUAUUAUCAUUAUUUCUUCUUCUGUUUCUUCCUCCUCCUCCUCCUCCUCCUCACAUGAUCAGUGAUGGCAUUCUAGUUACUGUCAUUUUGUAAAAGGCUCUUCUGGCCACUGUGGACUUAGAGUAUACAGAAAGUGUGGCAUAGUGACUUAAAAACCUAUGGAAAAUAUGCGCCCACUGUUUAUGUUUAUAUAUGUGUGUGUAUAUACAUACAGUUUGUGUGUGUGUGUAUGUUUGAUUUGUGUUUCAACAUAUUAUUGUUUUAAUAUUUUAUAAAUGUUAGUUUGCUAAUCUCUGCAUUCUGCAGAAACCAAUGGGCAAUAUUUGUCCACGGAGAUCUACAACGCAGCUUGGAUUGCCUACUUAGAUAUUUCUGCCUAAUCUCUCACUGACUUUCUUUUUGGGUUUGCCGUUCUUCUAAUAUAUAUUCAUAGAAACCUCUUUUCCCCUUUAUAGCAUCAAAUGGAAAACAGUGCAAGCCUUGUUCAUGCAACCCAUCCAGGAAGACAUAGCAUACAUUUAGAUGGAGGGAAUAGAGACAGUGAAUGCUAUAGCAGUGAUCUUUCCCCAGUUCCUCUGUUCAUACUGACGAUACUUCAGUAUGAACUGUAUGUCUGAUGAUGAAUCCAGGAAAACAAGAGUCCUUACUGGCAUGGGAUGUUCAUGCCACAGAGGUUGUACCUAUGUGUUUUUCUCCACACAACCAACUGAAUGCAUGUAGUAUAUGUGAGUUGCUACUGUGUAUCCACUUCUGUUUCCCCACCCAACCACACACAUGCCUUCAAUUUCUCGCGAAGGACUGUGUCAAAUGAACCCCAGCAGUUACGGAGUUCAGUGUGAGUUAAUAAAAGGGAAAGGAAUUAAGUAAAUUAAUGGCAGGCUGGCAUGAAGAUAAAUGAGAUGGAAGAAGGCUCUCCAGAUUGCAUGUGAAAGGCACGGCAAAUGUUAUGAAGUUGGCAUUGUUUGGAAUUGCAGUAGUUGCAUUUUUUAAAAAUUAAUAAGGUGAUUCAGGCUUCCAGAAGCAAUAGAGAAAAGUGAGAACUUUUAAAGCCUUAAAUGAUCUUACUACCUUAAUGUGCUUUAAAGCAAGAAAAUAAUCUUCUGCUAGCAAUAAAGUUUGCAGAUUGACAAAAAUACUUCUUUCCCAAGGUUUCUAGAGGUUUUCCUGAAUGUUUAACUAUGUUGGGAAUUGGAAAUGGACUAUAUAUUUCUGUUGCUGGCAACAAGAGAUAAUUCAAGGCCACCAGCAUUAGGACUGUGAUCCACUGACUGGUUAAGCUGGUGUGUUAAGUUGUAAGGUUUGUUUCUACUCUGAUGUGAGGCCCAUUUAUCUUGAGAGAGGAAAAAAUAGCUAAUUUCAGUGGGAUUGCCUUCUCCACAUGUGUGUGACUUGUGUGUAUGUGAGUCUAUAUUUUUUUUAAAAGAUGGCUGCAUUGCUACAUUCCUGUUUCCCAGUUUUAGAGACACCAGUGCAGAAUUGGAUGUAAACAAGAUGGCUUACGAUUUCACUCGCAGUUAUGUUGCUACUAAUGCGUGACCCAGAGGAUGUUACGUUGCUAGUCCUGCGGUAUUUGAUAUGUCCACUGUGAAAAAAGCUCAUCUCUUUGGUGAUUAUUCUAAUUCUGUACCCUCAUCUUAAAGAUGGAGGAAAAUUAAAAUUAUUUUCAAGUUCUAGAUGGUUGUGAACCCAAUUCUGGAAGUGAUCUCUCUUCUCUUCAAGGAGCCUUUCGCAGUAGACAAUACGUCUUUGUGUGACUCAUCCUCUUUUUAUAAGUAACCAGAAACCAUCCAUAUGUGGGACUCUGCUGAAGUAGGCUUUUGCCUGGUAUAGCUCCAUGUAUUCUAAUACAGAUGGACUUGUGGGCCAGGAAUGACCAUUCACUUAGAAUAUUUGUGGGGUUUGCAGAAUAGUACAUUACAAAUAUAUAUAAUAGGGCAAAGGCAUAAUAUUUCUGGGAUCUUUUCUCUGUUCUUCUUCCACAUUGAACCCCUUUUGUUUGUACUAUUAUUUUUUCCUGCCCUCCAUCUUAAAAUUGUUAAGCCAGGGUGGAAAAGCCAGUGGCCUUCCAGACUGGCUGAAUUAGAAACACCCAGCAUUCUUAUCCAGUGGCUGUGGUAACUUGGUGUAGUUUAACAAGUUCUGGAAAACCAGAUGUGGUCCCUCCCCCGCCCUAAAAUGAUACUCUGUGCAAAUAGCAUUUAAAGCAAUUUAGAAACAAGUUGAUAUUACUUUAUCAACUUAAUAAAGUAAUAUAUCCUGAAUUCUCAGUCAAAAUUGAGAGUAUUAUACCAAUCUAUUUCAUAUUCAUUACUUUUUAGAGAUUCAGCUCAGACUGCAGAGGAAGAGUGAGGAGAUCAUUUUGGGGUGGUAGUAUUUCAUAUAGAAUGUGAAGUACAGAUUUAAUUGUUAUAGAGGGUAUAUAUAACAGUUUUGAAACCAUUCCUCUGGAUUAUUAAAAAUAAAUACCAAUUGUUUCUUUUAGAAUAUAAAAUCAACUGCUAAAUGAUGCUUUCCAUCAAAGCCAAUUUCAGCAUCCCUUAAUUUUAAUUGCUAUUAUAUUAUUAUUAUAAUUAUUAUAAUUAUUAUAAUUGUUAUUUGGGGAUAUUUUGUUAUUGGGAUUAAUUUGAGGGGUAUUUUUUGCAGCUCUCCACACUAAACUGCGCAAUAUUGUGGGGGAGAAGCCAUUAACUAAAUCAGGAGUGUCAGAACUGCUCUCAGGCUGAAUGGGUCAUUCUGCAGACCUAUUUAAUCUCGUUGGCCUCUGAAUGGGGAGGGGAUGCAAGUCUGACAGGUCUGAACAAAACUUUAUGCUGCAGAAAUAAUGUAGCAAAUAAUAUCCCAGCACCCUGCCGGGACAUCUGCUAGCAAUAAUCACUAUUGAUUUAAAGCUUUAUUUAGUCUUUAUGUAUAUCGUAGUAUAUUACGAGAUCUUGCCACAUUUUACUGAUGUUUUUAUUAGUUGCAUUUGAUGGAAGAAGAAAAGAACAUUUUGUUCCCUUUUGUUGUCCCUCUCCUCACAUUCACAAUCCUCUUAUAUUAAAACUGUGAACUUUAUAAUGUGUUUAAACUAUGGGUGAAUCUUAGGCUUAGUUUGCAUGUUCAGCUAGUUCAUUUCUCUGCAUCUUCAUGAUUUUUCUUCUUCCUCCCCUUUCCUCUCUCAGGGCUUUUUUAAAAUCUGAAAUUCUCUUGUUGGACUUGUAAAGGAGCUAAUGGUGAAAAUCCAAUCACUACAAUAAGCACUUGACUGUGAAAGAAUAAAAAGAACCAAGAAUAAAAAUAGACCUGUUACGUGCAACAAUAACAGCACUGCUGAUGUAGAGCUAGCUCUGUUGAUGGUUUAAUUCCAGCCUCCAAAUGAUUUUAGUUGUUUUUUUCCUUCUACAACCUGAUCCUCAAUUUUUCCAUCAACACCAAGUUGCUGUUGGGAGUACCUCCAAGUCCCAUGAUGAGCCUGCGUGUUGCUGUCUGCUGUGUUGGUCGGAUGGUUGAAUUGUGAAAUAAUUGAGAGUAGAGCCAACACUGCCUUAGAUUCUCUGGUUCCUCAAAACCAUUAAGUAGGUGAAAAUAUCCAGAAAGGAAGUAAGGGCAAUGAGCUUGCAUGAAAUGAUAAAUACUUACUUCUGUGUCCUUCAGCCCAAGGUGACACUGUCAUGGUUUUGAGGAGAUAAUUUACCCAUUGUGGAGUCUCCCUUCUGGUAAUACAAGUUUUGUUAGUAUUGAUGGGAUGGGGUAGUGGGGAGGUUUUCUCUCUCUUCACCACUCUCUCGCCACUCAAGAUGGAUAUUUUAAUUCUAAAACUUUCAGCCCAUGCAAGGAGAGAAUUAGUGUGUACAAUUUAUAUAUAGAUAUAUAGAUAUAUAUAUAUAUAUAUAUAUUUUCGAAAGGGAACGUCUAAAAACUGCUGCUACAAGUUGUGUACAAGACUGAUUUAUGCCACAUGAACAGAGAAUCACACUAUUUCUUUGGGUACUUCUAUUCUUCUCAUUCAGUUGUAUGUUACUUCCAGAUUCAAAGUGAUGAAAAUAAUGCUGUUCUGUAUCAAACGAUCUACGCAAUAAAAGGUUAUAUUUAAAAAGAAAA